AUGUGAUCCUUACCAACAGGUACCAUAGCAACCAUUCUUCUUUCGCACACGUAAAUACACUUGUAUGUACAGCCUGGCCGGAGAUGGAUAAGGUGAUAGAGACACCGCCAAAGUAUCUCCCCUCUCAAUGGCACACCUCCAAUGCCGUAAACUAUUCAAAGGCUGAGGGAGAACGUGCGCGGGCUGAACACUUGAGGUCAGAAUGUGAGAGACUACGACAAGAGACGAGUACUAUCACAGCACGCACACAAGGGGCCAAUGCUCACAAGUUCACUCAACGUAUCCGAGAUAUCCAGUUUUGGAAGGCGGAGCUUGAAGGGUCACUGUCACAGAACCAUAUUGAGACGGCUCUACUAUUGGAGGAUAAAGAACGACUAGAAGAAGCUCUCGGAGCCACUAAAAUGCCUCUGAAGGUUGCCAACAGUUGCCUUGGUUACCGACAGAAUCGUGUGGGGAUUGACAAUGUACACGAUCAAGUGGAAAUUGAGCUGCACAAUGAGGUUUUGGUACUACAGAAGGUUCAGGAGAUGCUACAGAGCACUCUGGACCACACAACAGAGCAAGUCAGGCUCUUGAGAUCAGCCAAAUACAAGCUGAACAAGGACCUCACGGACAAACUAAGUGCUCUGGGAAUUGACGACACCUGCCACGAGAUCUCUGGCUCCACUCAAGGGAUUGGAUUCAGCAGGCAGGACGUUGUCAAGAUCCAGAGCACUUCAGUGAGUCUUGAGGAGUGGGCCUUCUCGUCCAAUAACAAUAUCCAGGCAGCAGAGUCCCAACGACAGGCCUCCAGCACUCUGAGGGGACAGAUUGAUGCUGUGCUGCAACAAACUCAGCAGGAAAUUGAUAACCAGAGGACAUUGGUCAACCUAGAGUUCUCUAAGAGGAUCAGUGAGAUCUCCACCACCAAGGCCCGUCUAGAGGAGCACCUGGUCAAGGUCAUGUCUGAGAUUGGUGAGAUGGAGGCAAACAUUCAAUGCAUGGAGGAGGCCAUCUCAGCCAUGGCCCCGGCUAUGAUGCUGUCCCACACACGACUGGACCUGCGCAGCUCACGGCCACAUCGAGAGCUAGUGAGGGAUCCCAUACAGUACGGCCUGGUGGGAGAGGUGGCUCAGAUUGCUGACUCUGUGGAUGCAUUAAGAGGACGUCUUGUCGACUCUGAGGCUGCUCUGAAGGGUCUAGUGCGCAGUCAACUGAGUCUAGAGGAAGACAUUGGAGUCAAGACCAACUCUCUCGCUAUCGAUCGAGACCAAUGCAUGGCUGUCAGGAGACAAAUGGACAAUUAGAUUAGACUACUAACUACUAUAGACGGCAGCCCGAUCAAACUACAUGUUAUGAUCUUUUGAUCUGUGCAUUUUAUCACUUUUACUUUGUUGUUAAAAUCGAGAAACCGCGGCCUGAUAUGAAGCCUCAUGCUCUGUUACUUUCUUC